GACAGCCACAGAGGUCUCGCGAUGUUUGCCUCAGAACCGGUGAGGAAGCGAUUUCCUGUCUGAUGACCAGGCUAACAGCUAACAGCUUACCCACUACACAUUUACGCAUUUAAACAGUUUUUAGUAAUUUAUCGAGGCGGACACGCACAGACACAAGUGGGAAAGAUGACAGCCGCUCCCUACAACUACUCGUAUAUCUUCAAAUACAUCAUCAUUGGGGACAUGGGAGUGGGCAAGUCCUGUCUGCUGCACCAGUUCACAGAGAAGAAAUUCAUGGCGGACUGCCCUCACACCAUUGGGGUGGAGUUCGGCACCAGAAUCAUGGAGGUGAACGGGCAGAAGGUGAAGCUGCAGAUCUGGGACACGGCUGGACAGGAGCGAUUCAGAGCUGUGACCCGAUCGUACUACAGAGGAGCCGCUGGAGCCCUCAUGGUGUACGACAUCACCAGGAGAAGUACAUACAACCACCUGAGCAGCUGGUUAACAGACGCACGCAACCUCACCAACCCAAACACAGUGAUAAUUCUGAUCGGGAACAAAGGCGACCUGGAGGCUCAGAGGGAUGUGACGUACGAAGAGGCAAAACAGUUCGCCGAUGAGAAUGGUUUGCUGUUCCUCGAAGCCAGCGCUAAAACGGGGGAGAACGUUGAGGAGGCGUUCCUGGAGGCUGCUAAGAGGAUCUAUCAGAACAUUCAGGACGGGAGUUUGGACCUGAACGCGGCUGAGUCUGGAGUCCAGCACAAACCGGCCAAUCAGACAAGACUCAACGGAGAGGCCACGCCCCCCAAGGAGAACUGCUCCUGCUAACAACCAAUCAGAGGAGAGGACACCCCCGGGGAGCUCAGCAGUGCCUGCCUACUUCUGGUUUAAAUCCCCAUUCAUUUUUCCCAUAGACACAGAUGUAAAGAGUUUAAAGGCACGAUAGAGGCUGGUCAGCUAAGGGUUAACUCACUAUUGACCAUAACCUAUAGUUUAAACUGAGCUGGAGGACAGGUCAGAAUUCUAUGAUGGAAUUUCCUUUCUAAAGUCUCUGUACCUGAUUUUUACAGUCUUAAAAAUGCAAAAACAAAUGCAAAAACAGAACUAGUCCAUUUUAAACAUUUUGCAAUGGCCCAGUUAUUCCGCACUCCGCACCUUAUGCAUUAUGACCUAAUCAUUCACCACGAUGAGUUUAUAAACACUUUUCACAAGUUUCGAGUCUGUCAACAAACUAAAAACUAAGACUUAAACCACAGUAUGUAACUUAUUAGCCAAUUAUUUUAUUAUGUUUUCAUUUUGGUUGCGUUUACUGCACUGAAAAAGGUAUAAAAAAUGUGUCAUUACUUUUAGUGGGCUUGCAUCUCCACAGACCUGACUCUUACCUGGCCUGGAGGAGGGCCUGCUUUGCUUGUUUCCAUGGAAAUAUUGUGCUUUCUAAUCUUCCACACUACUGCAUAAAACAUAUCUAUCCCUAUGGAGAAAGUUCAUAACAAAGGUUUUAACUUUCUUUUUCCACGGAAUCAAGCAGGUGAUGUGUCAACUCCAGAAAGUUACAUACUGUACUUUAGUCUGACUUUUGUUAUUUCCUUUCCAAAUCUUGCCCGUUCCACAGUUUCCACAUGAAAUGACCAAUCGUCACAUUUUUGCCAUAAACGUGACCUCUUUAUGCGUUUGAAGCUAUGGCAACCAUCGUUGUUGCAAUUAAUCAAUUUGAAUCUUUUGAAUCUUCCUCACAAAGUCCUAAUGAUAAUCAGCCUCAAUCAAACUCUAAAACACAUUUUUGUCUAUGGAGAAAAUGAAAUGUCACUUUUGAGCUCCUGUUUUACUGUCAGUUGGUUGUGUCAGAUUUAAGAUGGAGGACUGGGCAGAGUCUGCUCCUUCAGAUCCGGAUUGCAGAUGUGUGGACCUGUUUUAUGGUUAAUAUCUGUGUAAUCACUGGGUCUAUACACACGAAACAAAAACUGGAACAAAGUUCAUCAUCUUCUCUUGUCAGUUUAAAUAAAUAAAAGUCAAAUGAGUUUUUCCAGAACAGAACAGCUUCAGAAAGUAGAGCUGUUAUUCAAGCCCAAAGACGUGAGUGUCGUUAUUUGAAAGGACUUUAAAGGGCCCAUCUUACUCUAUUCUCUGAUCUCUGUUCUAAUGUUGUUUCCUCAUCACAAACAGACCUGGAGUUGUGUUUUGUUUCAUUCAGACAUGUUAACACACAUUAUAACACAUCUCUCAAACAGAAAACAGUCUGUUCCACCUUGUGAUGUCAUGUAAUACAGGAAAUGCUCCACUGUGUUUUUAAACUCCACACAGCUUCACUAGAAUCAUUUGGAUAAUUUCCAAUUGCCAAUCUCUACUGAACUAAAGGUAAAAGGUACAUGUUAACUUGAACACUAUCACUUCAUGACAUCACGAGGUGGAAUAGAGCAUUUUGAGCUUUGAAGAUGUAGACAGACUGAUAAUAAAGUGUUACUCAAACGUGUGUGAGUGAAACAAAACACAAGUUCAGGUAUGUUUUUGAGGAGGUAACGACAUUAUAACAUGACUUAAAGCUCACAAGUGUCACUUUUGCAUCAUAUAUGACCUUUAAACCAUAAGAUUAAUAUGACGAGUUUGUGGAGCCAAUCCCAAACUAAUAAUGAGAACGUUAAACAUUUUUGGAAGAUAAGUUUGGAGAUCUCUUUGAAAAACAAUGAAUCUCCCAUAACACAGGCCCCGCCCUCCACCUGAAACUAUGACAUCAUCAGACUGUAGAAUGUGUCCACGACCUGUAACGUCUCCAGACCACUUCCCUGGUUUUCAUGCAGAACUUUACCUGAUUUGGUAACUGAUUUCAAUGUAAAAUGUAUUAUUUCUGAUUGAACCGGCCGAUGACAUGACCAUCUCACUCCCUCUUCAGUAAAUGCAAAAUUCUUCAAACUCGACCAAAACUAAUAUUCUGCUAUUUUAAAAUAGAACUCUGCAAUGUUCUUUGCCUUACAGCGCCCCCUACAGAGCAGGGGCGCUCUGUAGGCAAUUAUUAUUUUUUUUAAAGGUGUGGUACCCGAUUUUUACAGUUAAAAAUACGAAAAACUGAACUAGUUGAUUUUAAAUGGUUAGCAUCAAAAGCAAAACUACUUUAACAUGUUCAUACGUUGUUUUGGGUGAAUAUAGCAUUUCCAGAACAAUAAAAGGAAACAUGGUGAUCUACAUGUGUUAUGCGUUAGCAGGAAGUCAAAUACCCCCUCAUUAACCACAGCCGGUCAACUUGUCUGAACUAAAAGAACCUUGCAGAGUUCCUAAUAAUAAAAAUGUAUAAUGAUUUAAAUGUUGUGACCAAAAAAUCUCCAAAAAAAUCUGUUUUGAAAUGAUUCUUGUAUUUGUUUACAUUUAUUUUCUGUUUUGUCCUUUUUAAAUGAGGACCAAAAUGAUGAUUUCAAACGGUAGCUUUUAUUCCGACCAUUGCCUUAAACUUUCUUUGUAAAUAACAUGUAGAAUGUCUGGGGUCAUUUGAGAUUGUAAAAGAGAUAAUGGACUAAAGCCCAGAGUGGCAGAGUGGUUAGCCCUACAUGAGCUGCUGAACUGGAGAGUUUUAACUGUGUUUAGUCCUGGUUCACUCUUGGUUUAGUUCUUAUUUACACCCUGGUUCAGUCCUCCCUGGACCGAUCCUGGACUGAACGAGGACUCAACCAGGGUGUAAAUCAGAAUUAAACCAAGACUUAAACCAGAUCUACAGACCUAGUUUAGUCCUAGAUAAGAAUCUGGUUCAGUCCUGGCUUAGACCUGGUUCAGUCUUAGUUCAGUCCUGGUUUAGUUCUGAUUAAGACUUUGGUGUAGUUCUGUUUUAGUCCAGGUCCAGUCUGGUCUAGUCCUGCUUUAGUCCUGGCUUGGUCCUGGCUCAGUCAUGGUUUUGGUCUUUUCAGAUGACCUCAGAUGUCCUUAGUGUUUUCGCUGUUUGUUGUUUUUCUUGUACAUUUUGACUCUUUAAUCUCACACUAAAUCUGUCAAAGGAGCUGAACUAAUCAGGCUUAUUGUGUGCUGUGCUUCUGAGUGUCGCCUAUUUAUAUUUUAAUCUUUGUGUGGGAUGCACAGAACUGUAAAUAAAGUACAAACUGUAAACUACAA